GUUCCUCUUCCGGACCUGAUCUAUGUCAGUCCAGUCACCGGGGAACAGGCACCACAUGUUCUCCAGCCUCUCGUGUUCCCUCUGACUCUACUCUGCGCUGUUCAAACCUUCGAGAGGGAAAAGAAACAGUCUCAGAGUGCUUCUGUCUCUGCACACCGCCAGCUGCUCUGAUCCCGGUCUGCUGCUCCGCUCUAAGUCCUGGAAAAUAUCCUGUGGAGCCACGUAAACGCACUUUGUUUCAUUAUAUAACCAGCGAGAGACCAAACUGCUGCAGAGAACCAGAGCUGGUCCGAGAGAUGUCCUGCAUGCAGAACAUGAGCGAUUCAGCCCCCAACAGAGCCCUGUAACCAAUGGCAACCUCAGUCCAGACUCUUCCUCUGACCCGUGGUCCCACCAAAAACUUCCGAAACCCCUUCCCAGCCCCACCCCUCUCCUCACGUUGCGGCAUGGGAAGCGUAGGCAGCCUGGUGGAACGUCCAGAUGUGUCUCCGACUAAAAGCAGCUGCGCGGUGCCUCAGGUGAGACCCAAACAGACCAACGGCCUCCUGAAGAAAGGGUUCACCCAGAGAGAGCUUCUCAACUACCUCAACAUCACCAGUUACUCUGCUUGUAACAGGAAAGAGCCUAAAGCAAGCCAAAGCAGUGAAGGCCAGAAGGACAUCAUCUCUGGCCUCGGCUCCUCAAGUGGCCGAGAGGAGGAGAACUUAUAUGCCAAGGUGUACAAUAAAGACGGCACUGAAGUAGAUUUGACAAAAAAUUCACUGCCGAGUUCCGGCAAGUAUGAGAAGGCUCGUUUUCGGUCCUCUGCCUUCAAGCCUGUCACUCCCAAAAAUUUCAGCUCCAUGCAAAACCUCUAUCCGUCCUCGAAGUCUGAGGAUGCGGACCAUGGCCUGUCCAAUGGGCUGCACAGAGCUUACGCCCAUGUCCCUAAAGCUGUCUCCACCUCCUCCUCCUCUUCCUCACCAUCCCGUCACGGAGGACCAACAUCCAGUGGUAACAAGGCCGUCUCCUCUGUGCGUGGGAUGAGCCAGGAGGAUGAUAACCUGUCAGACUCAGGCCAUAACUCCAUGAGCAGCCUGCCACCGUACCGUCCUCCAUUCCGCCCACACCUGGCUCACAUCAGUGCAUCAAUGGGCCACAUCAACACCAUUGGCUCCCUGGACCGAACCUCUCUGAGCCCAAAGAUUGUAGGGUCAGGGGGCGUGCCCAUAGGAGAGAUGGCCUGUCGGAGCAUGGCAACUCUGAGUCGUCUGGCGCCAUACGGAGGAGAGGCUCCGCCUCCUUAUGAAUGGACACUCUCUCUGUCUGUUGAGGAAGUGGUCCGUGAUCUUGAAGAGCGCCUUGUGGAGAAAGAACAUGAGCUGAAACAGAUGAAAAGAAACCUGGAUGAGAGUGAGGGAGCCAUCGCUCAGGUGUUUGAAGGCAAACAGCGUCUAUGGGAAAAGGAAGUGGAGGAGCUCAAACGCCUGUAUGCUGCCAAGCUGCGUCAGGUUUCCCAGCAUGCACAGCGUUCUCAGCGAAACCUGCAGUUGCAGCUGUUUAAGGCCCAACAGGAGAAGAAUAGAAUACAAGAGGAGCUCGAUGGCCUGAAGAGGGAAAGGAGCCAGGAAGUUGGAGCCAUGAUGAAGCCAACUAGCCCCACUCUGGAAGAGACACAGUGGGAGGUUUGCCAGAAGUCAGGGGAGAUCUCCUUGUUGAAGCAGCAGCUGAGGGACUCCCAGGCAGAGGUGACCCAGAAACUGAGUGAGCUCUUCCAGCUGAAGACGCAGCUAAGGGAGACGCGCACAGAGCUACGCAACAGGGAGGGCCAGAUAGAUGCUCUGAAACUGGUCCUGCAGGGGACCCAACGGCGCAGAGUCCUCUCCCAGAACGCACAUGAUGAUGAAAAAGUAUCUGAAGAGAGUUCCUCAGCUGGGGCGACAGGAGGAUGCGGGGGCCCUACAGAAGAGCGUCUGCGUGCUGAGCUCCUGCUGGAGCGACGCCAGAGCGAGGCCCAGGCCAUGGCUUUUGAGGAAGAGAGAAAGACAUGGCAGACAGAAAAGGAUAAGGUCAUCCGCUACCAGAAGGAGCUGCAGGCCAGCUACUUGGACAUGUAUUACCGCAAUGAAGAGUUGGAGAGGGAGUUGCACCAGCUGAGUGUAGGCAGAGAGCGAGGAGGGGGAGGAGCAGGGGGAGGAGGAAGCAGAAAUGGGACACUGGAAAAAGAAGAACCAGAGCUGAGGAGUGAGAGAGAGGAUGAUAAACAAGAGGACAGACCUGCCUCUGGUUUGCCCUGGAUAGAGAGAAUUGAAUCAUCAGAAAUUUGAAUGUGACUGAUUUGCAAUGCAAACUGUUUGCUCCAUGUAGUGUGGUUUCUAUGGAAGCUAGCAAUAGGCUGAAAGGUAUCUCAAUGAAAUACGAAAGUAAGUCAAAAUUACGAGAUAAGACAGAAAAAGAUACAGAGACAGAACUAUGGAAAUUUGUUUGACGAGCCAAAAUUGUUAGACAUCAAUAAUUUAAUGUAAAGGGGUAGAACUUUGAUUUACAAGCCAAAAUGUUAACCAAAUGAAUGUAAAAUGGUAACAUUCUGAAAGGAAGUAUGAGGUAACAAAUCAAACUUUGGUCUACUAUGAUGAAGAGCAACAAAGUCAGUGAUAAGAGACACUAUGUUCAAACUGAAACAUUUCAUGAGUACUUCUAUUUCAUCACAGGAAACAUUCAUUUUGUUUCUUUUCCUGGUGAAAAAAUUGGUUUAAAUGGUUCCUCUCCCUUUGCUACUCUCUGCCCACGCACCCUCGUUGAUUGUUUCAUGCCCUUAUCCUGCAAAGACCGGACCACACUAACCUGCGGAGCACAAUAAAACUGAGGAUGGCUGCACAGAAA